AUGAAUCUAUUUCAUUUAGGUUUACAAAUCAUAUCAUUAUCAAUAACCCUAACGGCACAGCAGCAUAUAAAAGUUCCACCAAAAAAUCAUACAGAAAAAAGGUAUUUUGCUAUUGAAACUUGGGAAGAUAUACCCACAAUAGAAAAAUUAUAUCCAGAUUGGACAUUCGAACACGAGGUGAGAGGUUUAGAAGACCAUUAUGUCUUUUCAAAAAGCAUAUCUUUUCCAAACAAAAGGAACAAUAUAGAUAUCAACUCUGAUAAAAAUAUUAUAUUUUCCUUUCAUGAUCUACCUCCAAAAAAUUUAGAAAAAAGAGCACCAGUUCCAGUGGACACCACUUUAUUAUUAGGCAAUCCAAAGGAAGCACAAGAAAAAUUAGUGGAUAUCUGUCAAGAGUUGGAAAUUAAAGAUCCAGCUUUUCCCAGCCAAUGGCACUUACUAAAUACACAAUACCCAACACAUGAUCUCAAUGUGACAGAUGUUUGGCUACAGAAUAUCACAGGAAAGGGCGUGGUCACAGCAAUAGUUGAUGAUGGGUUAGAUUAUGAAAGCCCAGAUUUAAAAGACAAUUUUUGCGAAGAAGGCAGCUGGGAUUUCAAUGCUAAUACAAAACUACCAAAACCAACAUUAGACGACGAUUACCAUGGUACAAGAUGUGCUGGAGAAAUUGCUGCUGUUAAAAAUGUAUUUUGUGGUGUUGGGGUUGCUUAUGAUUCCAAAGUUUCCGGCAUUAGAAUUUUGUCAGGACAAAUUACCACCGAAGAUGAAGCUGCUUCUUUAGUUUAUGGUCUAGAUGUCAACGAUAUUUAUUCUUGUUCAUGGGGUCCAACAGAUAAUGGUAAGGAAAUGUUAGCACCCGAUGAAUUAGUUAAAAAAUCUUUCAUUAAGGGAGUAUCCGAGGGAAGGAAUAAAAAGGGGGCCAUUUAUGUUUUUGCUAGUGGUAAUGGUGCCAUGUUUGAUGAUAAUUGUAAUUAUGAUGGUUACACAAAUUCUAUCUUUUCCAUCACAGUUGGCGCUAUAGAUCACAAGGGGUUACAUCCACCUUAUUCAGAAUCGUGCUCUGCUGUUUUAGUGGUAACUUAUUCCUCUGGGUCAGGUGAAUAUAUUCAUUCUACAGAUUUCAAAGAUGGCUGUUCUGAUAGGCAUGGCGGUACUUCUGCUGCUGCUCCCUUGGCCGCAGGUGUUUAUGCUUUGGUGUUAGAAGCAAAUCCAGAUUUAACCUGGCGUGAUGUUCAAUACUUGACUAUCCUUUCAUCCGUAGAGGUGGAUAACAAAGACGCCGAAUGGCAAGAAACAGGCAGCACGCUUGGUAAAAGAUAUUCCCACAAAUAUGGAUAUGGGAAGUUAGAUGCAUAUAGAAUCGUGGAGAUGGCCAAAAAUUGGCAAAACGUUAAUCCACAAACUUGGGUGGAAUUGCCUAAAGUUGAUUUAAAUGGUGAAUCUAAGACAAACGCCACUGAUGAAGUAUUGGAGAGUUCAAUCGUGGUAGGAAAAGAUAUGUUACAGACAGAAAACUUGAAAAGAAUAGAACAUGUUACUGUUACUGUCAAUAUUAAUUCUGAUAUAAGGGGCAAAACAGUUAUAGAUUUAAUUUCUCCCGAUGGAACUGUCUCUCAUUUGGGUGUUGUUAGAAGACUGGAUAGAAGUACCACUGGGUUCCCAAAUUGGACAUUUAUGAGUGUGGCGCAUUGGGGCGAGUCUGGUGCUGGUGAAUGGAAAUUGCAAGUUCGUACUGCAGAUGCUGAUAACAACGUUGAAUUAAAGGAUUGGCAACUAAAGUUUUAUGGUGAAUCCAUUGACCCAGAGAAGACCAUGCCGUUGAAAUAUAAAGAAGAUAAAGAUGUUUCUUCAUCUAUUGCUCCGGAUACAAGUUCUACGUUGACAAUAUCGUCAUCGCUUACCACUUCGCCAGGUACUGUCACCAGUGACACUACCGAAGAAGAAAAUUCUAGUACAGAAACAACAGAGAUAGAAUCAUCAACACCAACACCGGAGACAACACCAACACCAGAGGCUACACCAACACCAGAGACUACACCAGUAAAUGACGGAUCACAAGAGGAGGCAGAGCAGCCAGAAAAAAUAGAAGAUCCAGAUAGUGCCAACAUAGACACUGGAGGUCAGCAUUCACAAAAUAUUGGACCUGAGAAACAUUACUUUUUAUUUUUAUUUUUCCUAGGCUUCCUUCUAUUAUUAAUAUAUUAUAUUAUUUUCGCUAAAACGAAGAAAAAAAUUAAAAGGCGCAGAGCUGAGGCUUACGAAUUUGAUAUCAUUGACAGCGAUUCAGACUAUGAUUCCUCAGUUGAUCAAUCUGAAAGUUUAACUGGAAUGGCAGCAGCACAAUCUGUUGAUGAUCUAGAGAAUUUUGAUUUUGAUUUGUCAGAUGAAGAAUUACUACACAACUCUUCGCCAGUUAUCAAAUUACAAGAUCAACUGAAAAAUUAUAAAGAUCCAUUUGAUGACAUUAAUGCAUCUGAUAAUCACCCUGCCACUAGUAACAAUGACAUAAAGGAAAAUAAAGGGGAGGAUUAA